ACUUCUUAUUGACAUUGAAACACCAUUUUUUUCAAGAAUUUAUUGAGGAACUAUCGCCAUGACUACCGCGCAUAGACCUACGUUCGAUCCGGCCCGUGGCAAAGAAGCCCUCCGAGGUCCAGCAUACCAUCAACGCCUUCUCCCAGCCCACACCCAACUCAAAUAUCGUCAAGCCGGUCAAGGCGGCGAUGCUGACGAACCCACGCGCGAUCUCGCUGCUGAGCUUCUCGCUGCUGAAGCCGCCCAUUUCACCAAGAAGAACGGCGCCCCUGCCCUCAUUGACGAUGCCGACGAGGACGACGAAACCAGCGUGUCCAAUGGUGCGAAGCGAGCGCUUCCAAGCGCCGAAGGUGAGGGGGAAGAUUUAGAGGCGAAGAGACGGCGGAUAUUAGCAGAAACGAGAGCUAUCGAUGCCGACGAUAGCGAAGAGGACGACGACGAUGACAGUGAAGACGACGAGGAUAGCGAUGAUGACUCUGAUGCAGAGCUGCAGAGAGAGUUGGACCGUGUACGAAGAGAGCGAGAGGAGAGAAAGAAGAAAGAGGAGGCCGAGCGACUCAAAGAAGAGGAAGAGGCCCGAGAACGAGAUAUUGCCCUAGGAAAUCCUCUUCUCAACAAGCAAGAUUUCAAUAUGAAGCGCCGCUGGGACGAUGACGUGGUAUUCAAGAACCAGGCACGUGGCACAGAAGACAAGGGCAAGAAAAAGGAGUUCGUAAACGAUCUCCUCCGUUCCGACUUUCAUAGGCGCUUCAUGAGCAAGUACGUUAGAUAAUGACAUAGACAAACUCCUCCAUUUUAGACAUUAGAUACCCUGAAUUUUAAAUCAAGCACUCUCCUGCGACCGUCUUCGUCCGUCCUUUGACUCCAAAGCCUGCUCGGUGAGGAUCUUGUUCUCCAGACCUUCGAAGGCUCCGAGAACGUUGCCGUACUUCUGAUAGGUUCCCUCGCGGUAACCGUCGUCAAUGCGUUGGAUGUUACCCUCCUCAGUCCAUCGCUUACCAAUGAGCUCGUCGAAUGUCUCGUUUGGCUGGCGCUCGAGAGCCCAGAGAGCCUUGUAGGCUCCGCCAAGGGCGCAGGCAUUACCGCCAACGUCGAGCUUGUAAACACCGUCGCUGCCGCCGAGGACCUCGCCAAUGACGCGGGCGAUGGCUGGGUUCAGAGAGCCACCUCCAACGAGGUAGAUACGACGGGGCUGAGCUGGUAGGCCGGGUCGAGUGCUCUCAACAAGGUUCUGAGAGCGCAGACGCAUAGACAGGGCCUGAGACUCAACAAUCACUCGAGCAUCAGUCUCCUUGUCCCAUCCUCCCUUGACUUCCUGAAGGUCAGAGCCAUCUGGCUCGCAUGUGUAUCGCCAAGUGCCUGCACGGAUGUUGGGUACCACUUCGGUAAGGUAGAAGUAUAGACCAAGCUUGCGCCUAUCGUCCUCCUUGGCAG